AUGUCCCGCCAAACCACAACCCCCUUCCACCUCAAACUCUUCUACCGCCAAUCCACCUACCACCCCUUAUCGGAGUUCUCCCCGGCCCCCGGCCCCGCCGGCCGCAGCGGCGGCGGCCAUCUCCCCGCCCACCACCUCCAAAUCUACACCUGGCCGACCUGCUCCCUCCGCGAACUCGCCCACCUCUUGACGUCGACCCUGCCCCACCUCCUCCCGGAGGUGCCCAUCGGCACCCGACUGAGCUUCCGGCUGAUCUACCCGGACACCAAAGGCGCGGCGAUGAAUCUGGGGGAGCAUGGAAGGGGACGGUAUCUGGCGAAGGAGAUGGGGAGCGUGGUUGUUGCGCCGAGGGGGGGGGAAGGGGAGGGGGAUGGGGAGGGAGCUGGGGGAGGUGGACAAGGCCCGAGGGCGAGGGCUGCCGCCGGCGCAUUCAGAAUGAGCGGUGCGGAUGCGGAGAAGACGUUGCAGGAUUUUCGGUUCGUGAUUGGCGAUUAUGUCGACUGUGCGAUUGUGCCGCCGCUGGAGGAUGGGUCGGUUGCGCCGCCGCCUCCUGUUGGUUCCGGGGGUGGUGGUGGUGGUGGUGGUGGUGGAGGGGGGAUGAGGGCGUUUCCCCAGGGGGGGAGGGAGGAGAGAUC